UCAUAGAACUCUCACACACAAACUCUCCAAACACACGCACACGGUGGGGUUUUGUAGUGAUCGUUACACACACUUCACACCCACCAUAGGUGAGGAAAACAUUGCACCACCGGGGGGGUGUUGGGGGCGGGGGAAUUCCACCAAGUUAUGCGUGCAGGCGGUUGCGCAGCGCAGCAGACCCUCUCCGCGGAGGCCGCCGCCGUGCUGAAGCACUCCCUCGGCCUCGCCCGCCGCCGCGGCCACGCCCAGGUGACCCCGCUCCAUGUCGCCGCCACCCUCCUCUCCUCCCGGUCCUCCCUCCUCCGCCGCGCCUGCCUCCGCCUCCAGCCCCCCUCCCACCCCCUCCACUGCCGCGCCCUCGAGCUCUGCUUCAACGUCGCCCUCAACCGCCUCCCCGCCUCCCCCCUCCACCACCUCCACCCCUCCCUCUCCAACGCCCUCGUCGCCGCCCUCAAGCGCGCCCAGGCCCACCAGCGCCGCGGCUCACAACACGAUAACCACAAUUCCAUCCCUCAUAACCAACUCCAGCCGCCCUUGAUAUCCAUCAAAGUCGAGCUCGAGCAGCUCCUCCUCUCGAUCCUCGACGACCCCAGCGUCAGCCGCGUCAUGCGCGAGGCCGGCUUCUCCAGCACCCAAAUCAAAUCCAACCUCGACGAAAUCACCUCCUCCUCCUCCUCCUCCUCCGUAUUCCACUGCUUCUACUCCACCCCAAACUCCCCUCCCUCCCCUCCCUCACUACCCUCCCUCGCCCCGCCCCACGACAUCACCAAACUUCUCCAAAUCAUGUCCUCCCGCCGCAGCAAUGCCGUCAUCAUCGCCGACAAUCCUCUCACCGCGGAAUCCCUCAUCUCCAGCCUCGUCUCGCUCCUCGACGUCCCCGAACAAAUCAAAUCUGCCAGAGUAGUCAAAUUUCAAUUCUCAUCAGUGCCGCUGGCACUGAUGAGAAACGAGGAGGUGGAGAUGAAUGUAGCGGACUUGAAGAGGAAGGUGGACUCUUACGUUGCCGGAGGCAACGUAAUCGUCUACGUCGGGGACUUGAAGUGGGCUGUCGACCCCGGGCCGGCUGUGAGCCUUUUAAUCAAUGAGAUCGGGAAGCUCGUGGCGUGGUAUUCUUCGUCAAGCUUGGUGAAGGUGUGGCUUAUGGCGACGGCGAGUUACCAGACUUAUGUGAAAUGCCAGAUGAGGCAGCCUCCCUUGGAUGCGGUGUGGGGGCUGCAGCCCCUCUCCGUCCCCUCGGGCGGGCUCGGGCUUGCCCUUACAAGUGGGAUUGAUACAAGGAUUGCAUUCUCUGAAAAUUCAUCGCCCGUUUCGGAGGGGAAAGUGAAGGAGGAAGGAGGAGAUGAUGUUUUGACAUGUUGUCAUGAAUGCAGAUUGGAGUAUGAGAAGGAAGCUUCAUUUGUGUCAAUUCAACAACGAUCAUUUUUGGAUAAAGAGCAAUUUCCUUCUUGGCUCAAGCCACAUGCUAAUAAGGAGGAUUUGGAUCAGUUAAGGAGGAAGUUCAACAGGCAAUGCCAGAAUCUGCAUCAGAGCCAUCACUAUCUGAAUAAGAGCGCCUUGUUUGGUGAUUCGGAGACGAUCUCGUUCGCAUAUCCGCCUGUGAGGGCGGGGGCGAGCACCCUGCCCCGGUUCAGGAGGCAGCAGUCGUGCCAUAUCGAGUUUAGCUUCAGCAAUGCCACCCCAAAGCACGGGGCGAGGGGGCCUAAUCUUGACUCGCUCAAGAGGAUGGAGGACACGGAGGUGAAGAUCACGCUGGCUCUGGGGAGCUCGUGUGUCGAUGAGGCGAAACACGAGAGGGCUCUGUUGUGUGAUUUGCUCAAGGAGAAUUUUCCUUGGCAGAUGGAAGCCAUUCCUUUGAUUGUUGAGGCAUUGGUAAGUAGUGAUGAUGGAAAGUUUGUUGUGUUUCGCGGGAAUGACGGUGUGGGGAAGCGGAGAGUGGCUUUGGCUGCAGCAGAGGCCGUCUUUGGCUCUUCGGACCGUCUCUUGAUCGUGAAGACGAGGAGCCACGAGGAUCGUGUGGCGCUCGAGAGGGGUUUGAGGGAUCAUGGUGGGAAGGUGGUUGUUCUUGUUGAGGAUGCAGAGUUUGCUGAUCCUGAUCUGAUCAAGUUUCUUGGUGAUGAAUUGGAGACCAACCGUGAUUCGAUAUUCAUCCUCGCGACAGAUGGUGACACGAGCACAGGCUGCACGGGGGCAAGCCCCGUGAUCCGGAUGAGGCUAGCGUGCACACUUCCUCACCAAAAGCGAAAAGCAGAGUGGGAGUCGGGCGGGGGCAGGGGAAAGAGGAGUAGGGUUGAAACGGACGAGGUCUCCUCGAACGGCCUUGACCUCAACGUACGGGCUGAUGAGGAAAUAGGCGACUUGAGCCCCAUCUCGAGCGACCUAACUCGCGAGAUCACAAUGGAGCCACCCCACACUUCCCUCGCGUUUCUCAAGCGGAUCAAGAAACGCGUGGAGCUGAGUUGGGGACCGGAGCAGGAGAGGGAGGCGAGGGAGGCGUUGCUGCGGGAAUUCGAGAGGGCCUUCAACGAGGCGGGCGGUGGCAGCGGGUUUGAGGUGGAGGAGGAGGUGUUGGAGCAUGUUUUGAGGGGUAUGGGAAUGUACCUCAACAGCUUGUUUGGGAAAUGGCUGAAAGACAUUUUUCAAACAAGUUUGGAUGGAAUUGGGGAAAAGGAGAAGGUUAGUGUUAGGCUGUGUUUAGUAGGAGAGGGAGAGAAAGAGGGGGAUGGAUUCAAAGGGACAAGCCUUCCUAAAAGGAUCCCAGUUUCUUACAUAGGUUGAAUUGAAUGAAUCUACCUUGUAAUAUAUUUCCUCUUUUCCUAGGUUGCAAUUAGUGUUUAAUUUCUAAUACAAUGUAUGGCUUGUUUUCCACUGCUUCA